UCCCACAGAACAGAACAAUAUCAAAUAGUCAGCUCCAUCCUCAGCAAUGGUCCUUGCUGUUGGCAUUUGCUUAACCAGUCUUUAAUUCCUGUUUGAUAAACUUUAUAAGGUGCUACACGGCGGAUGAUUUUUCACCAUCCAUCAUAAUGUGGAACAGACAUUUUGUCCUGUAUCUCCUGCUUUUGCCAGCUUUUAUGAAUCAAGCAAUAUAUGGACAAAGAAAGAAAGGCUCAAAGACCAAUUUACUUGCAAGGAAAAAUCUCCAGGACUCCACGUGCUUCAUAGAUCUUGUCUUCGUCGUCGACAGCUCUGAAAGUUCCAAAAUUUUUCUCUUUGACAAACAAAAAGAUUUUGUGGGUAGCUUGAGUGACAAGAUAUUUCAGUUGACCCCAGUGGGGUCCUUGAAAUAUGACAUCAAACUGGCAGCCCUUCAGUUUAGCAGCUCUGUCCAAAUUGAUCCACCUUUUUCCUCCUGGAAGGAUCUACAGACUUUUAAACAGAGGGUCAAGUCUAUGAAUUUCAUUGGGCAAGGUACUUUCUCUUAUUAUGCCAUUGCCAAUGCCACAAGGCUACUUAAGAGAGAAGGGCGUAAGGAUGGCGUGAAAGUGGCUGUGCUGAUGACUGAUGGCAUUGACCAUCCGAAGAAUCCAGAUGUUCAAAGUAUUUCUGAAGAUGCCAGAACUGCAGGAAUAUUAUUUAUCACCAUUGGACUUUCUACUAUAGUCAACGAAACCAAACUGCGCUUGAUAUCUGGGGAUUUACCCAGUGUACCCAUUCUCCUGUUGAAUGAUUCAACCCUUGUCGACAAAAUUCAGGAUCGCCUGGAUAUCUUAUUUGAAAAGAAGUGUGAACGCAAGAUUUGUGAAUGUGAGAAGGGGGAUCCCGGAGAUCCAGGGUCUCCUGGUACACAUGGAAACCCAGGUAUCAAAGGUGAGCGAGGACCAAAAGGAAAUCCGGGUGAUGCUCAAAAAGGGGAACCUGGAGAAAGAGGCCCAGGGGGAAUCCCUGGGUACAAGGGUGAGAAGGGUGAACGUGGAGAAUGUGGUAAACCCGGAAUAAAGGGUGACAAAGGAUCCCCAGGGCCAAACGGACCAAAGGGACCCAGAGGAAUUCAGGGCAUUGCUGGACCUCCUGGGGAUCCAGGCCCGAAGGGAUUUCAAGGCAAUAAGGGUGAACCUGGCCCUCCUGGUCCCUAUGGCCCUCCAGGAGCCCCGGGUAUUGGACAGCAAGGUGUUAAGGGGCAGAGGGGCCAGGAAGGAAGAAUUGGGCCUCCAGGACCUACUGGUGUUGGUGAACCGGGCCAGACAGGUCCCCGUGGGCCUGAGGGACCACCAGGAGAGAGAGGCUUACCAGGAGAAGGACUUCCAGGACCAAAGGGUGAAAAAGGUUCUCAAGGACCAAUUGGCCCACAAGGAGAAGCGGGCCCAUCAAUAAAAGGGGACAAGGGAGAUACGGGACCUGUGGGACCCCAAGGACCGAUGGGCACCCCUGGAAUUGGGAGUCAAGGGGAACAGGGAAUCCAAGGUCCUAUUGGCCCACCUGGUCCACAGGGUCCCCCAGGACAAGGCUUACCUGGUCCCAAGGGAGAAGUUGGCCAGAUGGGCCCUACAGGCCCUAGAGGACCAAUGGGACUUGGACUACAAGGUCCAAAGGGGGAGCCAGGCUCAAUAGGGCUCCCAGGACAGCCAGGAGUACCAGGAGAAGAUGGAGCUGCAGGGAAGAAGGGAGAGGCGGGGCUUCCGGGGGCAAGAGGUCCGGAAGGGCCGCCUGGGAAAGCACAGCCGGGCCUCAAGGGAGAUGAAGGAAAGAAAGGGAGCAAAGGAAAUCAAGGCCAGAGGGGGUCUCAGGGGCCCGGAGGGCCAAAGGGUGAUCCAGGAAUCAUGGGCCCUGUUGGGAUGCCUGGAAUAUCAAUUCCUGGACCACCUGGACCAAAAGGAGACAGAGGUGGACCUGGGAUGCCUGGAUUUAAAGGAGAACCUGGAAUUGCUAUUCGAGGACCAAAGGGUGCCCAAGGGCCUCAGGGACCAGUGGGCGCUCCAGGACUCAAAGGUGAUGGCUAUCCUGGUGUGCCUGGCCCUCGAGGAAUCCCAGGACCUCCUGGAUCAAGGGGAUUACCUGGAGUUGGAGACACUGGAGCAAAGGGAGAUCCUGGCGUCAGAGGUCCUCCAGGCCCCCCUGGGCCUCGGGGCAUAGGAAUCCCAGGGCCAAAGGGUGACAUUGGGCAGAAAGGCUUGCCUGGCCCUCCUGGCUCCCCUGGCUAUGGAUUACAAGGAAUCAAAGGGGAGCAAGGACCUCCGGGCUUCCCAGGGCCAAAGGGCAUGACAGGCCAUGGCCUCCCUGGUCAGAAGGGAGAGCAUGGAGAACGGGGUGAUGUGGGAAAGAAAGGCGAUAAAGGGGAGAUUGGAGAUCCCGGACCCCAAGGAGAACAGGGGUUACAAGGACCAAAAGGAGACCAAGGACUUACAAAAGAAGAAAUCAUCAAGCUUAUUUUUGAAAUAUGUGGUUGUGGGCGUAAAUGCAAAGAGACUACGCUGGAGCUUCUGUUUGUGAUUGACAGCUCAGAAAGUGUGGGGCUCAAGAACUUCCAAAUCAUCAAGAAUUUUGUGAAGACCCUGACGGACCGUGUGGCCCUGGACCUGGCCACAACCCGCAUAGGCAUAAUCAACUACAGCCAUAAGGUGGAGGAGGUGGCGCAUCUGACCCAGUUCUCCAGCAAGGACGACCUCAAGCUGGCUGUGGACAACAUGCAGUAUCUGGGGGAAGGCACCUACACGGCCACAGCGCUCCAUGCCGCCAACCGUAUGUUCGAAGCCGCCAAGCCUGGUGUGAAGAAGGUGGCCUUGGUCAUCACCGACGGGCAGACAGAUAGCCGAGAUGAGAAGAAUCUGACCGAGGUGGUGAAGAACGCCAGUGACAUCAAUGUGGAAAUAUUUGUGAUUGGGGUAGUGAAGAGAAAUGACCCCAACUUCCACAUAUUCCACCAAGAAAUGAAUCUGAUUGCUACUGACCCAGAUAGUGAGCACGUUUAUCUAUUUGAUGACUUCAUUACCCUUGAAGAUACCCUGAAGCAAAAAUUAUUUACAAAAAGUUGUGAGGAUUUCGAAGCCUACCUCUUUCAUAUUUUGGGUUCAUCACCGCUUCAACCUGGAUUUGGGAUAUCGGGGGAAGAACACCAUGAAUCCACUCUGGAGCCCCAGAAAGAAAUUACUGAGUCUGUACGUGUCUCCGGGGCCCAGGGCAGAGAGAACGAGCCUUCAGAGUGGACCUGGGUUGCCAGCCCGGCCGCUACUCCUUCCUCUGAGGCUGCCACCAUCCCGGGGCCAGUGCUCAGGCCUCCUGAGGAUCAGGCCAAGGGCCUGGGAACCAGGGCUCUGAGUCCCACUUCGAACUUAGAGCCAGCAAAUUUUGUGCACAAAGAUCCUAGAUGUCUGGAACCCCUACAGCCAGGGAACUGUAGUGAAUAUGUGGUUCGAUGGUAUUAUGACAAACAGGUCAAUUCCUGCGCUCGCUUUUGGUUCAGUGGCUGUAAAGGCUCGGGAAACAGAUUCAACAGUGAAAAGGAGUGUGAAGAAAUCUGCAUUCAAGGAUGAGCAAGCCCGUGACCCUGAUUUGAGCUUGAGGGUCCACAAAAGAGCACCCAAGGAAGGAAGAGUGGGGAGCACAGCCGCUUCAGCAAAAACGAUGUUGUAUAGUUUCAGUUUUUAUCAUGCAGCAUCUGAUGCUAUGAAAUAAUAUAUGCGAUACACUUGUAAAUUAAAAAACAUGUCACCAAGAUAGACACCAGUGAACACAUCACACAAAGAAUAAGCCAAACAUAAGCAAUUCUGUCCAGACUUCCUGUGUGCCCCCUCAUCAACCCAACCACCUGCUUUCUGCAGGAAUAUUGCAUCUUGAAUUUUGUGCUUACCAUUUCAGUUUAUCGUUGGCUUUUGUAUGCAAUUUUACAUGUAAAACCACAUAAAUCUACGUAUCUCUAAAUAAUACAUAGCCUCACUUAUUUUAGAGCUUUAUAAAAAUGGUGUCAUACUCUGGUCUUCUGCAACUCACUGCUGCUACUGCUAACUCACUUCAGUCGUGUCCGACUCUGUGCGACCCCAUAGACGGC